CUUGACUACCAAGAAAAAAAAAUUAUGUCCAACAGAAUAUAACAAGUUGACCCUUCGAGCCCAUGUUCCAAAGAAUCAUAUACACUUCAUCUUCCUCAUAUUAUCAUAAGCUCCAGCUUUCUAAACUGUCACUUCUUUUAGGCCUCAACACCACACACACGGGCCCCACGUCUCCCUAAUAUUUUCAAUAUAUAUUCUGAGCUUUGGUGGGUCCCACUUGUCAUGUGCUACUAUUCUCUCAAAAAUAACACUCCAUAAUCUCUAGUAUUUGCCAGUUUUUUUUUGCUCUGUUCUCUUCCCUCCCUCUCUUCAACCCCCACUAACUCACACACACUGCAGAGGAAAAGAACACCAAAACCAAAACCACCCCUUCUUUCCUCCAUCCUUUUCUUCCCCUUUCCUCCAUUUACCAAUGCAUUCAUAACAGGCUUUUUGCAAUUACCAAAAAACCUUUCUUUUUUACUCCAAAGAUUCAAUCUUUGUAAAAGAUGGAGCCCCAUUCUGGGUUCAAGUUUGCAGCUUUUGUACUAUUUCUUGGGUUCUCUACCUUCUUCUUUGCUGCUGAGUCUCAAACAAGCGCCGGUGAUGCUGGGGUGAUGUUGGAACUGAAGAAGAGUCUCAAUGCACCUGAUUCACUUGGAUGGUCUGAUCCAGAUCCUUGCAAAUGGGAUCAUGUGGGUUGCUCUGAGGACAAAAGGGUCACCCGGAUUCAGAUAGGAGGCCAAUCUUUGACAGGUACUCUUCCUCCCAGUCUCUCGAAUCUUACUCAACUAGAGAGGCUAGAGCUUCAAGUGAAUAACAUUAGUGGGCCUUUACCGAGCUUGAAUGGUUUGAGUUCACUCCAGGCCUUACUUAUUAAUGGCAAUCAGUUUACUUCCAUUCCUGCUGAUUUUUUUACUGGGAUGUCUUCGUUGAUUACCGUUGAGAUUGAUAAGAACCCUUUUUCUGCUUGGGAGAUUCCUGAGAGUCUUCAAAACUGUUCCACAUUGCAGAAUUUUUCUGCCAAUAGUGUGAAUAUUACAGGGACACUUCCCAGCUUUCUUGGCCCUGAUGGGUUCCCAGGGUUACUAAAUUUGCAUUUGGCUCUUAAUAAUCUAAAUGGUGAACUGCCCUCCAGUUUCUCUGGAUGGCAGCUCGAGUCUUUGUGGUUGAAUGGGCAGAAUCUUAGUGGAGGAAUCGAUGUCAUUCAAAAUAUGACUGAUUUGAAGCAAAUUUGGUUGCAUUCUAAUGGAUUUUCUGGUCCGUUGCCUGAUUUUUCCGGUUUAAAGGUGUUAGAGGAUUUGAGCAUUAGGGAUAAUUCUUUUACUGGUCCUGUUCCCUUGAGUUUGGUGAACCUUGAUUCCUUGAAAGUGGUUAAUUUGACUAAUAACUUAUUCCAAGGACCAAUGCCACAGUUCCAUGAUACCGUGUCUGUGGAUAUGACCGCUGGUACUAAUAGCUUUUGUUUGCCAAAGCCUGGUGCUUGUGAUCCUCAAGUCGAUACAUUGCUUUCGAUCGUGCAAUCAGUGGGUUAUCCAAGACGUUUGGCUGAGAGUUGGAAAGGAAAUGACCCUUGUGGUAGUGGUUGGUUGGGGAUCACUUGUAACAAUGGAAGCAUUACUAUUGUCAAUUUAGAGAAGAUGGGUCUGAUUGGUACAAUUUCUCCUGUGUUUUCUUCUCUUAAGUCUCUGCAGAGGUUGGUUCUUGCCAACAACAAUUUCACGGGUACUAUCCCGGAGGAGCUAACUACCCUUCCUGUGCUUAAUGAACUGGAUGUGUCAAACAAUAACCUUUAUGGAAAAGUUCCUGUUUUUAGGGGUAACUUAGAUUUGAAAACCGGUGGGAACCCUGACCUCGGCAAGGACAAACCAAGUCCUCUUCCCGGCUCUCCAACUUCAGGAGAUAAAUCUGAUUCUCCACCUGGAAAUGAUAAUCCUGGUAUGCCCGGCAGACAUAAGAAAUCCAGGGUUGGAGUUGUGAUAUUCUGUAUACUUGGAGGUAUCUUUGUACUGUUUUUGUUCUGUUUAGCAGCUUUUUAUUUGUACAGAAGCAGACAAAAGCGUUCGAGCAGAGUGCAAAGCCCCAAUGCCAUGAUAGUUCAUCCUCGUCAUUCGGGGUCUGAUAAUGACAAUGUCAAGAUCACCGUUGCAGGAUCGAGUGUCAGUGUUGGUGCAGUCAGUGAUAUUCACAAUACUCCUACCAGUGAGACAAGUGAUAUACAAAUGGUUGAAUCAGGAAACAUAAAGAUUUCUAUACAAGUACUGAAGAAUGUGACUAACAACUUCAGUGAAGAGAAUAUAUUGGGUCGCGGAGGUUUUGGGACUGUCUAUAGAGGUGCUCUGCACGAUGGAACUAAAAUUGCUGUCAAGAGAAUGGAGUCGGGAGUGCUUGAUGGUAAAGGGUUGGCUGAGUUUAGAUCUGAAAUUGCUGUUUUAACUAAGGUACGUCACAGGCAUCUGGUUGCACUUCUUGGAUUUUGUAUUGAUGGAAAUGAGAAGCUCCUUGUGUAUGAAUAUAUGCCUCAAGGGACAUUAAGUAGGCACUUAUUCAACUGGGCUGAAGAAGGAUUGAGACCUUUAGAGUGGACUAAAAGAUUAACCAUUGCCCUAGAUGUUGCUAGAGGAGUUGAGUACCUACAUGGAUUAGCCCAUCAAAGCUUCAUUCACAGAGACCUAAAGCCCUCCAACAUUCUACUAGGAGAUGAUAUGAGAGCUAAAGUCGGAGAUUUUGGACUUGUACGGCUGGCCCCUGAAGGUAAAGCCUCCUUUGAAACAAGGCUUGCCGGCACAUUUGGUUACUUGGCACCAGAAUAUGCAGUGACGGGAAGAGUAACCACUAAAGUCGAUGUGUUCAGUUUUGGUGUGAUCUUGAUGGAAUUGAUCACAGGGCGGAAGGCUCUUGAUGAAAGUCAACCAGAGGAAAGCAUGCACCUUGUUACAUGGUUUAGAAGAGUGUGUCUCAACAAAGACAUGUUCCGCAAAGCAAUUGACCCAGCAAUUGACCACAAUGAGGAAACCUUGGCAAGUAUCAGUACUGUUGCUGAGCUUGCAGGACACUGCUGUGCACGAGAACCAUAUCAAAGGCCUGACAUGGGUCAUGCUGUCAAUGUACUAUCUUCUCUAGUAGAGCUCUGGAAACCAUCUGUUCAAACUACAGACGACAUAUAUGGCAUUGACUUUGAAAUGUCAUUGCCGCAAGCAUUAAAGAAGUGGCAAGCUGAGGGUAGAAGUAACAUGGACUCAUCAUCUUCUUCCUAUCUUCCAAGCUUGGACAACACUCAGACAAGUAUACCAACCCGGCCAUAUGGAUUUGCCGAAUCUUUCACAUCUGCCGAUGGUAGGUGAGAGUUCAGACAGCACUGCAGUCAGCUUUGGUGGUUGGUUCAUCCUGUUCAUUCUUUUUUACUUCGUUCUCACUGUAAGUUUAUGUAUCCCCUGGUUCCCAUUCCUUCUUUUCAUCAGAACUUGCAUCAAGUGGGAUAUUUAGUAGUAAUUAUGUCUUAGGUUAUUUUUUUCUUCCGUUAUUUUUUAUGGGAUCAUUAGUUUUUAUCAUCUGAUUGCCUGGAUGGUUUAAUUAAAAUCAAAUGACUUGUGACCUCCGCAAGGCAUUUCAAGUAGUAGUUCAAUUUUGUCAAUGCUCGUGAUAUCAAGGGACUUGCUUAUUCUCUUGAAAAGCACAGGAAUUUUCAUCUUAUUUCUGUUUCUUGUGGAAAUGAUUCUAUGCACAUGGACCAG